GCGCGACGACAGGGCGCUGGCUGAGGCACAUGUGUGCGCCGCCGUCGGUGACUCCGCCCCGCCCCGGACUCGACAACCACCGCCUGCGCCAUCUCCGAUCGUCGUCACCGACGUCAACCCAUCACCCGAGCCCCUCGUUGACGUUAACUCACUCUCGGAGCUCAUCUUGCACACGUGACAUCCAAUUCACGUAGUGAAGCCGCAUUUGAUUCGUCGUCUCGACCGCAAGUCGCGCCACACAAACUGAAAAGCCGUCAAGCUGGCGACCGUCUGCAUGCGGGGUGGUUUCGAGCGUUUCGAGCUCUCGGGACCAUCCGAAGAAGAGUGCCCACUAGAUUUUUGGUCGAAGAAUAAUGGCACGGCAGUUGAAAGCCCUGAUAAACAUCGAUCGAUGUCAGUUUGUGCUGCGUGCCAUCUGGAAAUUGCCGAUCGUUUUAUUCUGCGAGUUCAUCCCAACCUGGAAUUUCACGCUUCGUGCCUCAAGUGUGCUGAAUGUUGCCGACCAUUGGAUGAAUCGUGCACAGCUUUUGUCCGGAACGGCACCACUUACUGUCGAGAGGAUUACGUAAGACUUUUCGGCACCAAAUGCAACCGCUGUGAUCUGCCUUUCGAUCGGAACGAGCUGGUGAUGCGCGCCAGACACGCUGUCUACCAUGUGGCCUGCUUCUCGUGUGUUGCUUGUGAGAGGCAGCUGAAGACAGGGGACGAGUUUCAGAUCAAAGGGAAUUCCUUGUACUGUCGGGCAGAUUGCGAGGCUGGAAAUGUUCCCGAGCCUUCGUCAAUACCUACACCUUCGAUGUUCGCCAAUGACGAUUCCUGGGAAACUUCCACCAUGACAUCGUUAGACCCAACAAAUAGCCCUCCUCUUUCUGUCCGCUCACCAAAAUCCGACGAUAUGAGCACUCCGCAACAAAACAACGGUUUUCAUAACAGUUCCAGUGGUUCCUCAGGAGGUUCGUCGGGAAAAAAGAAAAAGGACAAACAGACGACGAGGGUACGAACGGUGUUGAAUGAACACCAGCUAUCGAUACUAAAGAAGUGUUAUGCGUUGAAUUCAAGGCCAGAUGCAUUGCUCAAAGAACAACUUGUGGAAAUGACUGCGCUAAACGCAAGAGUUAUUCGAGUGUGGUUUCAAAAUAAACGAUGCAAGGAUAAGAAGCGACAAAUCCAAAUGAGAGACAUGGCGGCGAACGCCGAGAAGGAACGUGCAUUAAAUGGAGUUCGAAUGGCCGGAGUGGGACCAAUGAUAGCUGGAGCACCCACCAAUCAUGUCGAUCAAUUAUCGAUUGGACAACCUAUCGAUAUCACUCAUUAUGCUCAGUGGGGACAAUCGAUGGAUGCACCCAUGGUUGAUCCGAAUUCAUAUGGUCCACCACCUCCUUCUAUGGGCUACACCGAUAUCGUCCCGCCACCAGAUCUGGGCGGUUACGGUAUGGUCCCGCAAACGGGCGCAUUCCACGAGUUCUCUCCACAUCUUCACGCAUCCGACUUAUCGUCGCCGAGUUGCAGUGAAUGAGACCAAGAAAACUCGUCCUCUGUGUGACAAUGAGCACAUCGUCAAAUUUAGCCGCAUUGCCUUGCCUCAAUCGAUAUUUAUCACAACGCCGAUCGAUAUAUCGAUUUUUAUGAUGUAACUUUUCGUAUCAGAAAUCACUUACAUGGCGCUGUAAAAUUGUCUCUUGAGGAACCACUCUCGCUCACUUCCAGUCCAGUCUUCUCUUUGUCGAUUUGUAACUUUUAUUAUUUAUGAGUUUGCGUAAGGAAAUUUAGGAUGUCGCCCCCUUUCCCCUCCUUCCCCUCCCCCCCCCUCUCCGAUUGUGGACCAAAAUUUUCAUUGCAUUCUUGCUUGUGAUAUUUGCAUGUGAACCCGUUUUUCCCUACAUAUUUGUAGCGUAUAGGUUGUGAAAUCGCAAAAAUCAAACAUUCUAUCAUAAUUUAUGUUUCGUUCGCGUACAGAGCUUAUCUUUCCUGGUUUCACGUUUGUGCUCUCCUCUUUGUUCGUUAAGCUAAUUUGCCCGGAUUUUCCCACUUCUCUUUUCAGUGUUUCCUUCUGGUCACUUAUUAUUUUGGGAAGUGUUGGACAGCUUAAAGCC